UUCUGAAUAGCAUCGAGGCAGUUCCUGGUUAGGGGAAAACACGUUUUUUGGCGACUGCUAGCUCAGCUUCCAACUUUAGUUUGUAAAAGGAUGGAAUAAAUUUCUUCUUCGUUAUCCAAAGAACGACCAAUCAAAGGCGAUACUAAAAGUGAACUUUGUAGGUUGCAUAUGUGUAUAAGGUAUGCUUUUGUAAAGGAGUUUGGCCACGGUUAGCCUCGGCAGCUCGCGGCCCCCAGCUUAGCUAGCGGACUUGCUAACUAGCUCCUGUCCAAAAUGAAUGAGUGCUGCGCCGCCUCGAACUGUGACUACCAGCAGCGGGAGUCGGGAAAAGACUCGCAGCUUUUCAGCUUUCCGUUGGACCCGGAACGCUGCAAACAGUGGACCAACAACUGUCAGCGAACAGACCUGGCUUCUCAGCCCCCAGAAACUCUGCAUAAACUCUACAGACUUUGUUCCAAACACUUUGAGUCCUCCAUGAUCUCCCAGCAGGAUGCUUCCACCUUUGUCCUAAAGGAAGAUGCUGUUCCCACAAUAUUUGACUUCACUGUGAAUAACCAGUCAGAAAACAGCAGGAAACGAGCUCAAGAGCCUUCAGAAGAGGAACCUGCUGCCGUGAAGAAAACAAAGGGAAAUUCAGCAUCAGAAGUAGCAGAGGAGACAAUAGAAGUGUCUGGUGAAAACAGGGCCCCUCUGGCGUCAGAAGUAGAUCCCCAAAGCCACGGGAUUGGAACCACCUCAAAGGCGGAAGAUGUUUUGAAAGUUUUCUUCAAGGAAAUUCUAGCAAUGACUGGAUUUAGCAUCAGUGGAGCAAAAACUGAUGAGCCAAUAGGAGGCGCAAGGGGCCACCAAGUUCAAAAUCAUGUUUGCUUAGAGAAAAUUGACAAGAAGGAGAUCUUGCAGUUCAGCGAGGACCUGAUGCGCGAGGAGAUUCAGACCAGUUUACGACUCGCCCGAUUCUUCUCCAUUCUGCUUCAGGAUGCGACCAACAUCGAGGGAAAGGAACAGAUUCCAGUCUUCAUCAGGUCCGUCACAGUGACUGGUUUCCCGCAGAAGCACCUCAUUGGCUUUUUGCCAUGUGACUUAGACGCGGAGAGUCUGUUUUAUAUGCUAAUCUCUGAGCUGCGAAACAAGUGGGGUCUGAGAAUGGAGCACUGCAGGGGCCUCACCUAUGUGGUCACAGGGAGCAUGUGUCAAAAGAUGCGAGAUCUUACCUGCAAAAUCCUACAAGAGCAUCCACAGGUAGUUUUGUCACCAAGUGACCCUUAUGCAUUCAACAUCUGGAUAAUCCGCUGCAUGCCUGUGCCUGCCAUCCAGAAAGUGGCCGAUUCGGUAGAAGAAGUGGCGUCGUUACUCAGGAGAACGCCAGAGCUCAGCAAGCGAUUAGAGGGGAAGAUCCAGGUGACAUACGGGCAUAUAAAGGGAGAGGUUGAAAGGAUCAAAGCCAGCCUCGCCGGGAACUGGGAGUACAGCACUGAUGCCUUCCAGACCAUGCUAGAAAUCCUUGAACCAAUCCUGAACUGCAUCAAUGAGGUCAUCUCAAAGGUGGACGAAGACACGGCUGAGCGGAUGGCCAAGCUCAAGCCCAUUCUGAAGAAUUUCAACUUCAUCAUCACACUUGUAGUUCUAAAGAACACCCUGUGCUGCGUGAGCAUACUCAACUCAAGUCUCAGGGGGAUCAUAAGCAUCAGCAGCACGUUGCAGUACACAAUUUCCAACGCCUUGAAGCUGGUCAACAAAUACCUUCAGGAUCUUGCAAUACUUAACAGAAAAUGGUUCUCAGAUGCCAUGAGUCGAGCAAAGAAGCUGGCAGUGGAGAUCACAAAACCGGAGAUGGGUCAGGGAGAGGCAGCUGAGAUGCCAUUGGAGGACUUUUACAGAGAGACUCUUAGCCGGCCCAUCCUGCAGUACCUCAUUGCUGAGGUGAACAGGGUGUUCAGCAUAGAGAUGGUGAGGAUUCUGCGAUGGCUCUCCUUGGUUCCGUCUUACAUGGCUGACCAUAAUUUCAGCAUUCGCAGGGAUAAAGUAGCCGAUGCAAACUUGAACAAUCUUGCUCGGCCCGACACGUUUUACGAAGAGCUCGGCUGCUGGGAGGUGAAGUGGAGACAUGCGAGCAAGCGCAGGAUCCUGCCGACCACGGUGUUCGCCACUCUGAAGAUACCAGAUAUUGGCUUUUACCCCAACGUUCAGAGCCUGCUGAAGGUGCUAGGUACAGUUCCCUGUGUGAACGCCGAGGCAGACGUGUACGGCCAGUACCACAUGGUCCUGGAGCGGUGCCACGUCUUCCUGAAAGCCACGCCAGUGGACCAACGGCUGUGCAGCAAAGCAUUCGUUUAUGUGAACCAGGAUGUACAUUUCAAUGUGGAAAAAAUGGUGGAGACGUUUGUUCAGAAACAUCCAGAGAUCUUGCAGCUGCUGCAGGUUGAUGACACAGCAGAGAUAACUCCACAAGUUGCAGUCCAUGGGAACCAUGCAGAGAAGGACACUGAAGAAGAGCUGCAGCUCAUAAACCUGGAGAUGGAUGCUGACAGGCUGGUGGAGAUGAAAUGCGCAGAGACUGACCGAGAGGCUCUGAAGUCUGCUUUGCAGGCCGCAGUGACCUCUGCUUACAGCAGUCAAACCAGGCCACACAGUGAUGUUGGUACAGGCCAGGAUGGAGAAGUGGAGUAUGUGACCAAGUCUGAGAUGAAAGAAGUCCUGGCUGUGUGUGAGAGCGCUGUCAGGGAGGGCAUCCUCAUGGAGGUGGGGACCUCCUUCUUCUCUCUGAUAAUCGACCGCGUUGUGAGACUCGGGGACAGCGAUUAUCUCCCGCUCUUCCUCAGAUUUGUGGACAGUUUUGAUGUGAUGCGUCUGGAGCUGAUGGGAUUUAUUCAAGCAGAUCUGGACUGUGACGCGAUGGUCCAGCGGCUGAUGGACAUCGUCACUGUGGAGUGGCAUCUGGAUUUGAGUAACUGCAGAGGUCAAGCGUAUCUCGGCUCUGGUGACAUUUCCUACAAGCUAAAGGCCUUUGCCUGCAAAGUUCAGGAGAAGCACCCUCUGGCUAUAAGCACCCACUGUUCUUGUUACUCUUUCAACACAUGGUGGUCAAAAUCCAUCCCAGCCCCCGCUGUUAAGAGAGCACUGGACACGUUUGAAGAGGUUGUGGCGUUUUUUGGCGGCAGCGCUCCUUUAGAGAAGCAGCUUGACCACGUCAUUGCGUUUGGUCUUAGAGAGAGCUUUGAGAAGGUUCAGGAGUUACAGGGGGCCUUCUGCUCUGUUUGGCACGAGAAGCACGAUUCCUACGAAGCUUUUGUGCAGAUUCUAGAGCCGUUGGUUGAGUGUCUUGAGAAGAUCAAGAGCAGCCCACAGAGAUGGACGCUGUCCGUGUCUGACCAAGCAGGAGCCCUCCUCCGCAAGGUCAUGGAGUUUGACUUCAUUAUCGCCAUGGUGGUCCUGAAGAACGCCUGCUCCUUCACCAGAGAGCUGAGUGCGGGACUCCAGAAAGACCAGUUCAGCACGGCAUCCCAGCUGUCCCAGAUCAGCGGCAUUGUGGCCACGCUGAACCGAGUGAAAACGAACAUGAAGGUCUUUCAUCAGAACUGGUUUGACGAGGCCUGCGCCAUCGCCCAGAGCCUUCGAGUACAGAUCGAAGUGCCAGAAAACUCUCUGCCUAGAGACGGGAUGAUCAAGCCCGUGGGGUACUACAAAGACUGCCUGAGUGUGCCUCUCAUAGACAACCUCAUCAAUGCUGUGAAGGAUUACUUCUCAGAUGAUCACAGAGAAGCUCUCAACUUCCUCUCGCUGGUGCCAUGCUCCGUCACAGUCAGUUACAUGUUUGAGAGCUUGAAGUCGAAGCCUCCGCUCUACAGCAGUGACCUUCCAGACGCAGACAACUUCUUCACGGAGCUGUGCUGCUGGAGAGUGACUUGGAAGACCAAAGUGGCCUCUGUGACCAUCCCAAGCUCCAUAUUUCAUACACUGCGUCUGCCGCUGAUGCAGUACUUUGGGAACAUCAACAUUCUGCUGAGGAUCAUGUCUGUGCUCCCCAGUACUGUACUGGAGGACUGUGGGGUUGUAAUGCGCCACAAAAGGUUCCUGGACUACCUAAGACACACAAAUCCCAAAGACAGGUCUCCAUGUUUGGCCAUGCUGCAGGUAAGCACAGACUACAGCAGAGACCUGGACCGCAUGGUGACCCAGUGCUUGAAGGUGACUCCACAAGCCUUGGAGGGCAUCUGUCUGGACAAAGAGUCUAAAAGUCUGGUGAGAAACAUUGAAAACAGCAUGGAAGUGGAUUGUGUGGAGAAGGAAGUUGAAGAGCACAAAGUCCAUCAGUCACCUGAAAGGGUUCAAGAUGUUGAGGUGAAACCUGCAGAUCAGAACGGACACACAGAAGACAAUCGUCGAAACCUGCAAACGCUCUUCAGGCUGGCUGCACAUUUGGGGAAAACCAACCUCGGGCUGAGCGACCUCUCAGAAGAAGAGCAGGAACUGUACUUUCAGGACCUCAAGAUGUGCCACUGGUUUGGAAGCGAGGGCAAGAGCGCCCCCCCUGUUGGUGAUGAAGAAGUGCUGAGCCUCCUGACGAAUGCCAUCAGAGAAGUCAUACUUGAAGAAAUUCAGGAGUCCCCGUUUUUCUCUCUCAUCACAGACAAAGCUGUCAGAAUCGUCGAUACGACUUACCUGCCUGUUUUUGUCAGGUAUGUUCGGGAAUCUUCUCCUAAAGUAGAGCUCAUGGGUUUCUUACCUUUUGACGAAAGCUCUGAUGUUGAGAUGCAAGCAAGUAAACUUGCAAAGCUCCUUACUGAGGACUGGGGGUUACCCAUGUCUCAGUGUCGAGGCCAGGCUUUUAUGUAUUUAGGUUUAGGCUAUCAAACCCUGAAGAAAAUGUCUUUGGAGUUCCUGAAGAGCUACCCACUCUGCGUCGUCACGCCCAGCGAGUCUUGUGGGCUGGCCCAGUGGCUGGCGGGUAGCGUGCCUUGCCCCUCGGUGGCGAAAAUGCUGGACAUCGCGGAGGACCUGCUGCUGUUCUUUGACGAGUCUCCGUGCCUGCAGAGACAGUUGGCACAAGCUGUUGACGGUCUGCUGAACAACCCCAGGGAAGCUUUGGAGGAAAUCCCAGAGACCUGCUGCUCCAGGUGGAAGAAGAGGGAGGACUUCUUCGACAUUCUCACCGACACGUUGGAGGGCAUCCUGAGCUGCCUGGAUGCUGUGAGCUCCACAGCCACAGGGGCCAGGUCCAUGCACGCUCAGGUCCUCUCCACGGCUUUAAGGAACAUGGACUUAAUUAUCACUCUAGUGAUUCUGAAGAACGCCUGCGCUCCGCUUCGUAACUGCAGCACGGUUUUCCGCUGCGGCAACCCUGCCGACAUCCUCUGUGAGGUGGAGAAAAUCCCCACCAUCAUAGAGAGUCUCAGCAAAAUGCUGAAGAACAUCAGCAGCGUGCACUCGCUUUGGUUUGAACAGGCGUUCCAACUGGCAACCAAGGUGGCUCCUGAACAAGUCUGCUUCUCAGAGGAAGCCAGCAGCUACGAUUCUCCUGAAAUUUACUACCGAGAGAACCUGAGCAUUCCUCUGCUGCAAAGUCUCAUCGAGGAGAUGAAGUAUUGCUUCUCAGACGGCCACUUGAAUGCACUGUCAGUCCUGUCUUUGUUGCCCGCUUGCAAUCCUCAGCCGGUAGAGUCUGGGGAAAGGCCCUUCACCCUCUACCUCUGCGAGGUGGAGGCUGAAGUCAACACCUGGGCUGCCGUGUGGAGAGAGAAGUACCAGGACGUCGCCCCUCCGACAUCUAUAGCCGAAACCCUGGCCCAUCCAGAAUCCAGGAAUCAUCCAGCGGUGAGCCUGCUGCUCAGACUGGUGGCCGUGCUGCCCAGCGUCAGCAUGGAGUGUGACAGAAUGAAGACCACCCUCAAUUCUCUGAGGGACCUGCUGAAGAGGACGGUGUGCAGAGGCAGUCGAACGGACCAGCUCAUGCUCCUCUAUCACUCCACUGCGCUGCAGAGGCUGCCAGAGGUCGUCCAAAAGAGCGCCGAGGUGGAUCCGGAGAGCAGCACUUACCUGUCGCAGGUGAUGCAAACUCUCCAGCGUCUAAAGUUAGACCCAGAAAGCUUAGGCCGGAUUCUACCUGAAGCUACCAAUUCCUGGUCUGGCGUGGGGGAGGGAGCAGCUGACGGAGAGGAGGAACCUGCAGAUGAAGAGGUGAUGCUGAUGACCGUCCCCGAUUCCAGAGCAGCCGUGUCUUUCUAUGAGCCUCAGCAGCGCGAGCACAUCAUCAAGGAGCUCUGGGACUCCCAGUUCUUCACCAUCAUCACCGAGCAAGCGGUUGAAAUAGACGGGCAGCUGUACGUCCCGCUGUGCGUCAGGUACUUGAAAAAAGAUUACAUCCAGUGUGAGGAAACUCUGGCUUUCAUCCCCUUCACUGACGACUCGCUGGUCCUUUGUGAGGCCAUUGAAAUUGCACUGUCUGAGAAGUGGGGGCUCAACAUGGAGUACUGCAGGGGUCAGGCCUCCCUGAGCGUUGGGGAAGUAGGAGCCCAAAUGAGGGCCGUGAGCUCGGCUAUCGCCGAGAAGUACCCACACAUUGUCCGAACGGUUAGCUCUGCUCUGUCGCUGAACGGCUGGCUGGCCAAGUCUUCUCCUGUGGAGCAGGCGGCCGGCGGAGCGGCGCUCAUAACCAGGCUGCUGCACUGGCUCACCGAGGACGCACAGCGCCAGAUCAAACUGGAAGACACGAUCCUGUACGUGUUCCAGCAGGAUGAGGGGCGGGGCAACGAGCUGAGGGACAAGCUGGUGAAGAACUGGGAGAAAAGUCACGACAUGCAUGAAGUUAUGGUGGAGAUCUUGGAAGCAGUCAUGCUGUGUUUGAAUGAGCUGAAGGUGGAGGGAAGCACGUCGGAGCAGCAGCAGGCGGCCUCCUUCUUUGAGGCUGUCUGCAACUUUGAGUUCAUCUUUUCCACGGUGGUGCAGAAGAACGUCCUGAGGGCCACGCAGAAGCUCAGCGCCGCUCUUCAGGGCAAACCGUUGGACGUGUUGAUUGCUGUGAACAACUUGCCCGACGUGAAAGCGGCCCUCUGCAAACUGGAGAGCGACAUCGACGUCCAUCACAAAAGCUGGUUUGAGGAGGCCGUGUCCCUGGCCUCCAAACUCAACGUGACCAUGUUGCAUCCCGUGCUCCUCGAGCCCCUGAGCGACUUCUACAAAGAGUCUGUGAGCGUGAAAGUUGUUCACCACUCGAAGGUAGAAAUCAGCGAACUUUUCACCGAAAAGGUGUUGGAUACGUUGAGAUGUUUGGAGAUUGUGCCUUAUGCAAUGUCCAAAGUGGAAACCAGCGUCCUCAGCGGUCUGGUGUUCCGCCUGUACAAGGAGGACCUGCCCGACCAGGUGUCUCUUAGCUUUGAGAUGAAGACGUGGAAGGAAAAGUGGCUGGACCCUCUGUCCGGCUACCUUCCAUCCACUGUGCUCGACACGCUCAAGACGUCCCAGAUCCGCAGUUUCAGCAACAUCGAAACUCUCCUCAGGCUGCAAGUCAUCCUUCCUUUUUCCAGGCGGGAGAGCAACUUCAGACAGGGCCGGCGCAGCCUGCAGGACUUCAUGCAGCAGCAGAGGAGACUGCUGUCGGAGCUCCAUCCUCUGUAGAUUCAAGUCCCAGCGGCAGCUUCAGCCACGCCUCUGCAAGUCGCUCAACGUCUCCCUGAAAGACAAAGGCUCUCCUGGAAUCUCUGAAGACUGGAUUCCCAUGUACACUGAUGAAUUUUAUCCUGCAAAGCCCCUUCCUGUGCUCCCCUUUUCUAUGAAUUUGUAGUUUGUACAGUCGUUCUGCCCCACGGGACCAACAAACCAACAAAUGGAGAAACAACAACUCAUCGCUGAUGCUUUUCAAUGCUUGUGUGCCUUGAUGAGACACUAAUAUUUCACCUCGUGUUCCAUAUUAAUGGAGAGUCUAAUGAUGUUCUGUCUGCUUUUAGAUGGUGGGGGAGGGAUUCAGAAUGAUGACAUUGGCCCGUCUCACAUGGGGGGCACAACCAGAAAUAGUUGGUUCUUGUGUCUCCUGAAAAUCUCCUGUUUUUGUCUCCUUUCAGAAAUUUGCUGUUUCUUUAAGAAGGAUCUUUCCUCAAUAGUAAAACUCCAUAUAUAUUUGUCAAAAAAAAUUAUUAAAAUAAUACAAAAAGA